AUGACUAGGAAUUUUGAUGCAAUUGACACCCUUAUGGAAAAGAUCAAAUUUGAAAGGAAGUGUAGACUUUCUGAUGAUUUUUUCUAUGAUGUUAUUAAGAUUUAUGGGCAUUUGGCUGGUAGAAUUAAUAGAGCAAUUGAGACCCUUUUUGAUAUGCCUAAUUAUAAGUGCUGGCCAAGUGUGAGAACUUUCAAUUUUGUUUUGAAUUUGUUAGUGAAUACUAAACAAUUUGAUGUUGUUCAUAAGGUGUAUAUUCGUGCUUCCGAAUUGGGUGUGGAGAUUGAUGCCUGUUGUUUGAAUAUUAUCGUUAAGGGGUUGUGUCAUUGCGGGGAGCUCGAUGCUGCAUAUAAGGUGUCCGAUGAAUUUCCUAAGCAGAAUUGUCAACCCAAUGUGAGGACUUUUUCGACUAUUAUGCAUGCUUUAUGUGAGCGCGGUCGCGUUGAUGAGGCUUUGGGCUUGUUAGAGAGGAUGGAAAAGGAGAAUGUUGAACCGGAUGCUAUAGUGUUUAACACGUUGAUUUCGGGGCUUAGGAAGCGACGUAGAGUUGACGAGGGGAUUGAGGUGUUCAAGAAAGUAAUGCUGAAAGGUUGUGAUCCGAAUCCAGGGACAUAUCAGGAGGUGUUGUAUGCUAUGCUUGAUGCUAAGAGGUAUUUAGAGGCUAAAGAUUUUAUGGAUGUCAUGAUUGAUAAGAGGGUGAAUCCAAGUUUUGAGUCUUAUAAGCUGUUGAUACAUGGCCUUUGUAAUGGGAAGCUUCUUGGUGAUUUAGACAGGGUGUUGAGGCAGAUGGUGAGACACGGAUUUGUGCCGAGGAUGGGCCUGUGGAGGGAGAUUCUUGGUUGCUUGUUUCCUGAUGGAGAUUGUUGGAUUAUUUUGCGAACAAGGAGGACGAAUAAAGAUGAAGAAAAUGCUCAAAAGAACGCAAAAAUUGAAGAAUUUGGACUCAAGGAACAAAGAAGAGCAAAAAUGAGGCCUGCAGAAGAAAAUGCGGACCGCAGAAAUAUUUGUGGACGGAAUAUUUUUAGUGCCUGUUGUAUGGUUACAUGGAGCUUUGCUUCACCUGGGGUGCAUGGCAAUGCGAGGUUUGAGAGUGUAAGAACCAAAUAUUCCGAAUUCCAACUACAGCAACUGCAACUUGAAGUUUCAUAG